CUAAUUAUGCGUGUGUUCAGAUUAUGAAGGAUUAUCACCGUAAGGAACGCUGUGUGUAACCUGGAUAAUUAUCUUCUUUUUUUAUUAUUAUUAUUUUAAAGUGGACUUUGUGCUCUGCUUUAAGGUCCACAAUUCAUGGAUAAAGAAAGUUCAACUUUCAAGUGAAAUGGACUUUCCAAACCUGAAAUUUAUAUGUUUGUCCCUAAUCAGGCUCUUUGUUCCAAAAAAAUUCAAGCCUAAAAAAUACUGGGCCUUAAAGCCGACCGGAGACACCCGAUAGUCAGAAGGCAAAAACUCAGUCCUCCCUUCUUGCAUGCGACGGCCUCAUCCUCGCAAUUCUCUCUGGUGAGUAACAACCGUUAAUCUCUCUCUGCGCCGUGUCGCUCGAACAAGGAGAUCUCAGUCAAUCGAUCGAGUAAAUUAGCAGGGACGGGAGGAGCUGAGCAUGGACAUGGACAUGGAGCUGAGGAUUUUUUAGGACGAAGGUCUGGAGCAUGUCGGGUGGUCCAUACUGCCGGCCCAAGCACUGGCGUCGCAACACCGUUGCAAUGUUUGGUGUCUUCCUAAUUUGCAUCCCAAUCGCUAUGAAAUCUGCUGAGCUUGAGGUCUAAAAUUUUCACUUUUUAAUUCCUUAUUGUUGAUUGUUAGCAGUAUGUUUAUGCCUUACAUGAUUUUGAUAACUUGAGUUGGCUUGCCUUAUAUACAUGGAGCCUCUCUGCGAGCAAUACUUGUUGACAAAAUAGCAGUUUGGAUAUAACUUAUCAUUCUGGUAAUCUCAGAUCAGGUGUUGGAACAUAUGGGUGUUACAGGCUUGAGAUCCUAAUUGCGGUUAUAAGUAUGAUGUUUCUUGAAAAAUGAGAAAAUUUAGGCUAUAUCUGGGACAGCGGGUGGAGAGUACCGUUGUAUUUCAAAAACUUAACUGCACUAAACACUAUAACAUGUG